UGGGGCUGAAUUGGACUACUUAUCUCAGCUCAUCUUAAGCUUCCAUCUAUGAAUGAGAUUGCUUUAUGGAAAGAAACACCAUGACCACUCCACUACGGAUGUUUGUUCUUCUGACUCUACCCUGCUACAGCGCACAUGGGCAGAUCAAUCCUUUUGGAAUUCCAGUCUCCGUCCAUGCUGGGAAGUUCUACGGCACGUCUCCCAGAGAUCACAUCUGCGGCGGGGUUAAUUAUAGAGGUCUAGAUUUCACCUGCUGUGAAGGAGCACGUCAUGAAGGGGCGGGGCUGUCCUGCUGUGGAAACAGGGUCUUCAGCCUCACCCAGGCUUCCUGUUGUAAAGGUCAGUUAACUCUGAAUGUAAGCCAGUUGGUGUCAGAUUGCUGUGGGUGUAGGCCCUACGACCCACUCAACCAGCUGUGUUGUGACUCACGGAUCCUAACCAGGACCCAACCUCAUGCCAAGUGUUGUGGAAAAGAGCUUUACGAUGAAGACCACCAGCUUUGCUGUGGAAAUGUUUUGAAAGGAAGGAAGGUCCUGGCCAAAAUGUCCAGUCUCCACCGAUGCUGUGGAGACCACCAGUUUGACCAGCAAAGCCACUGCUGCUGCUCUGAAACACUAUCCCCAGAGCCUCUCAAUGCAAGCUGCUGUGCAUCAUCAAGUUAUAAUUACAGGGGAAUUGACGCGAGUUCUCCAAACUGUAUGCCAGGGGAGAGGCCCGAGGGUUGCUGUGUGAACCAUACAUCCUGCCAGGGGCAUCCUCACUCCCACCUCCAGACCUCUGCGGAAACACGCAGCCACACCCCAGGUGUUCACGAUGAUGCUGGCUGUGGCUCUUACAAUCCAGACAAGAAGACCUGCUGUGCCGGGAAGCUGUCCAAUAGGGUGCUCGGAAAAAACCUGUGCUGCGGUAAAACUCCCUAUGCUGUAGAGGAACGACGGGUGCUGUGCUGUAACCAGACGUUGCACCGUGGAGUGGAGGCUGGGCACCAGUGCUCCCCAGGUGGCCACUUGUAUCUGCCAUCCCGUGAAAUUGUGUGUGAGUCACGCGUUCAUCUCAACGAUCUAGGCAAACACUGCUGUGGAGAAGAGACCUACGACCCUCAGGAUGAAAUCUGCUGCAGCGGACACAAACACCGCAGGUUGGGGAACAUGUCCUGCUGCGGAGGGAAGGCCUACGGCCCCAGCAGUGGCCAGAUGAAGUGCUGUGCAGGGACUCUGUACGACCUGCAGGUUCAGGACAGGCUCCCAGAGGAUGCCCAGUGCUGUGGGAAUGUCCUAAUGGAGGCCGGCUCCACCUGCUGCUCCGCCCCAGGACUAGACCUGCUCUACCCUACCCAGCCAGGGUUCACCUGCUGUGGGCACCGCUACCCCAACUCCUCCCUGUGGUCUUGCUGCGCGGGGGUCCUGCACCCAAGGACUGAACGAAACACCACCAGCAUGAACAUGACUCCAGGACUUAGGAUUCUACCACUGGGGGACCUGAAGACGGAAAAGUUGUGUGACAACAAAGUUCUGCUAGGGACAGUGGAGAGUGUGUCUGUGAAGAAGAAUACGCGAUCCAUCGUGAUGGGGAACGUCAUGUCCAUGCAGGCCUCGCGUGGCCAUGUCAACGCUCUGCCUUCCCCUCACUACCUCACAUUACCCGACCACUGCAGCUCUCCUGAAUUGGUGCCAGGCAACACUUACCUCUGGGUGAAAACAAGACAUUUCUCAGACACCAUAAACGUAAUCUCUGAUCUCAGCGACCAUCCCUCUCCUCUCCAUUCCAUCCUCUCCAGGUGCUCAAAAUGAUGCAUUUAACCAUGUUGAGGGUAUACAGUGUUUGUUUAUAAAUAAUGGCACAAAAAAAGCAGUAACAUUUUACUUGACACCCAGUGACACAGUCAUGUCCAUUUCAUAAUAUGUCAUAACAGCUGACAACCUGUCAUAACGUUUAUGAUAUGGUCAUAACACUGUCAUGACAUAUAUUUAAACUUGUUGUGACUUAUAUUGAGUUAUUUUAUCGCUGGUUAUGACACCUACAUAAGAGUGUAAAAACACACAAAGCCUACUUUAUGGCUUACGACACCUACAUAAGAGUGUCAAAACCAACAAAACCUACCACACCAGACAAAACAUUCCAUUACACCAUAGCCUACAUGUCAACAGUAUGUUUAUGCUAAUAUAUAUAUGCAGACACACGCAUAUAUAUGCACACACUGUAUAUAUAUUUUUAAUUGACCAUAUUAAAUUAUCAUUGUGAUUAUGCACACAUUGAUGACACACAUGCCCAUACCCCAAUGCUCUGUUGCUGAUGACUGGGAUGAAUGUAGGAGCAGAUUUUCAAGAGCAGGACAAGGCACCCUCUUUUUUUUGACUGAUAUAAGGGCAUGUAAAGCGUAUCUGGCUUAUAUAAUUAUGAUGGUCAUAAUGCUUCUUGACAUGGUCAUUAAAGGGAAUUUUCUUAGUCCAAGUAAAGUGACAGGAUGGCCAUCAAGCAUCAUGACAGUGUCCUAAAAAAACGUGACUGUAAAGAAUUCACAACAACGACGAAGGGUGUAAGAAGCCGACUUUCAAACCAAAGGAAAUUGCACUCUUAUUUAGGUCUCAUUGUCAGCCAUAGAAUAACACUCUCUACAGUAUGCCACAACAAGUAUAAAUGUAUGGGGUCAUGACAGUGUUAUUACCAUAUGACACUGGGUGGCAAGUGAAGUUUGAGCAAAAAGCUUCUAUUUUUGGUUCUGAUGGGAGAGGACAGUUGAACUAAGCAAAUGAGGCAUGCGUUAUAUUCUUCAAGAAACAAUUUGUAUGUCAUUCAUUUAAAAGUCCAAAAAUGUAUGUACAGUAGCUAUCACAGAUUGUCCCUUUUAUGUUAUCAAUAGAUGUUUAAGUUAUUUUUUGAUUUGCUUACAAAAAUCGACCACUGUUUAUGGUCUCUCAAGGAGUCAUAUCUCAGGAUAAGCCAUAUUUUAUGAUGUUUGUCUGGGUGGUGUUUUCUGUUUAUGACGAAAGUUCCUUUAAUGUUAAUGCAAUUGUAUUGUCUUCGAUUCCCUCCUUCAAUUCCAUACCGAAGCUAUUUCGUAAUUGAAAGUUAACUUGUUCUACGUGACACUAACAGUGUAGGAGUAAACCUGUCUGUGAAGUGAUUUGUGGUGGUGGUGCCACUCCUGCAACCCUCUGAGACUCGUUCCACCAAUGCAAUAACAUCCCAGGGCACUGGGUCAAUGAGCAGAGUAUAUUAAUGAAUAAAGUAUUGUGAAACUA